AUGGAAAUGGCUUCUGGAUCAAGACUGCAAUGCAAAAUGUUGGUUCCGGAUCUUACUGGAGCCGCCAAAGCCAUCGAGCAAUCUUUCGCUGAUACGACUGCCGUUAACACUGAAGCCACGAAGACGGCUGUAUACACUGCAAGAAGCAUACUUAGGAGCCAGCAUGGCCACAGUAAGGCUAGUGCGUUAUUGAUAGCUGCAAACGCUGCCCAGCAGAGUCGUUCACACCCGUCGGAGGAAGUUCAUGACAUCGGGAAGAGACAAGGCUCGAGUUCCACAAGACCAUCCUCAGGAACACCUACAUCUUCGAGAGGCGGAAUCACGAGUCAGGCACAGACAUCAAGCACAUCACGUACCCAGACACAGAACAGCUCUCGACCCACAUCUAUCAGCGCAUCGCGGAGCUUGACAGGAGCGACGAGCACUACUGCAACAUCCUUGGAAGGACCAGCGUCGACUGCGACAGGCUCUCUCGCGACCCCGGCUCCCAGCUGUCCUGCAGCAGGCCUGAGCAACUUCACUGAUGAUGCUGGUGUCGUCUACCUGAUCAAAUGCUCGACUACAAAUAGCGGAAGCGCCUUCGAAACUGUGGGCGUUACAAGCGUCCGACAGAAUCCAAGGCUUCUAUCGAGUUCGAAACGCUUACUGACAUCGCAUCGUCUGCGAUCUAUAGGGUUCUCGUUUGUCGGCAACGACUCUGGCACAGCAUUGGUUACCACCUAUGUCACUGCCUAUAAAUUAGAUCCUGAUGCCGUGGCAUCGCCUUCCGCCAGCUCAUCAGACUCUUCAUCGGGCUCCAAGAAGUCUAAUGCUGGUCCUAUAGCGGGUGGAGUUGUUGGUGGUAGAAGACAAAUCGAGGAGAGACGGGCAAAAGAAUCGGGCGCACCUAUAACUUCUCAAGAACGAUAUUACGACGAUUUUCACAAGACUGGCGAGGGGCACCACCGUUCAGGCAGCACGGCGAAUGAUGUACAUUCAUCUCAUGGAGACAGCGAAGCAUCUAUCGCGACGAGGACCAAGAUCAUUCCUUUGCGGAACUUUGCUCCGGCUGGAAGUGCUGAUCAUUCCAGCGAACUGGAAGCCGAGAAGGUCGCGGGUCCAACAGGCAAGCCUGUUGUGCCCUCACCGGGCGUGCGAGCCGAAGGCCUAGGACUACCAGCCGCCGUACUGAGACCCCCUCAACUUUUGGAUAGCACUCCUGUUGGUUAUCGAUCGUCAAGUCCGAAGAGUGCUUCAAGGACGAGCAUUUUCCCCUGCAACGAGCCUUCGCCCAAGAUGCGCCUCACUGACCAAUGCAGUCCUCCACCCACAGGCUUGGCGGUAACCUUCAUAGCACUGAUUCGCCGGUGCUUGGAAGAGGUGAACACUCCCAGUCCAACUUUCCAAAGCAGGGUCGUCUAUCAUAUCGAUGCCAAAGACGCCACCAACAGCCAGAACUGCUCCAUCAGUAGUCAGCCCAGAUAUGAGCGGAGAGCCACGGGACGGAAGCUUCAUGAUCAGCCCCUUGCGUUCUGCAUCCUCGAAGCAUUAAUGCAGAGUGGCCUACAAGCAUCCCAAGAAGAGGUAUAG